AUGGAGGAGAUAUUAAAGCUGUCCAUGAGACUUUGGCUCCAUUGUCUCUUUAUUUCUGGAUUCUGGUGGUUGUCCUGUGCUUUUUGUAUUUAAAGCAUAACAUACACAAGAAUGGAGGCCGCAGCAAGUUACCAGUCAGGGGAGAAGCCCACCAGUCUAGAUGAGGUCAUCCCAGACUUGCCUUCUGGCCCUCUGGAUCAGCACAGGAGUCGUGCCAACUUCAACUGGAAAGUCAUGAAGGCAUACCUUGACCCUCCCUACAUCAUUCAGCUCAUGGACAAAGCCUGCAAAUUCUUGGAAAAUGACCCAGUGUUCCAGCAUAGGGAUGGAGACAUGACUUUAGAGGAAGAGAGGCAGAUAACUUACAAACGUGUCAGAAGGAUCAUGAGUCAUGAAUUUGUGGAUGAAGAUGAGAUCAUGUAUGAUUAUAGAAAGGCUCCAGCUCUGAACAUCGUGAUUGGGGGUUAUGAUUGGUCCUUAGCUGCCCGGAAAGGACUCUUGACUAAUUUCAUAUCUUCAGGAAUUAUGGGUCUAGGGACAGAGAAGCAUUACCACUAUCUUGAUGCUCUCAAGAAUUUUGAGAUUGGAGGAUGCUUUUGUCUAACAGAAAUAGCUCAUGGCACCAAUACCCGUGGCAUGAGAACUGAGGCACGCUUUGACUCCAAGACCCAGAGCUUCAUCCUCCACACUCCAGAUUUUGAGGCUGCAAAGUGUUGGUCAGGAAAUUUGGGGAAAACUGCAAGCCAUGGUUUGGUUUUUGCACAAUUGUACACACCUGAUGGAGUUUGCCAGGGCCUUCAUUGCUUUAUUGUACCUCUUCGUGAUCCCAAGACCUUGCUGCCUUACCCGGGAGUCACAAUAGUAGACAUGGGGCAUAAGUUAGGUCUUAAUGGUGUAGAUAAUGGAGUUAUGAUGUUUGAUCACUAUGCCAUCCCUCGUGAUAAUCUCCUUAACCGAACUGGUGAUGUUACACCAGAAGGACUGUAUGAAACACCUUAUAAGGAUCCCAACAAGAGGUUUGGUGCAUCCUUAGGAAACCUAUCAGUAGGACGUGUAGGAAUCAUAGGGUUUGGAGUUGUCCACUUGAGAAAGGCUUUAACCAUUGCAGUUCGUUAUUCUGCUGUUCGCAAGCAGUUUGGGCCAGGUGCAGAAGAGUUGCCUGUGAUAGAGUAUCCUCUGCAGCAAUGGCGUCUGUUCCCCUACAUUGCAGCAACAUAUGCCAUGGACAACUUCACAAAGUGUUUCCAUAGGUUAUUUGCAGAGUUUCGCAUGGAAAUGCUGGAUGCCACAGACAAGGAUAGAGUAGCUUUGUAUGGUCAGGAGGUGCACGCCCUCUCUUCUGCAGGCAAACCCAUCUCAGGCUGGAUUGCAAGGGAUGGUAUUCAGGAAUGUCGGGAAGCGUGUGGAGGACAUGGUUACUUGAGAUGUGCAGGAUUUGGUGAACUGCGUAACGACAAUGAUGCUAACUGCACGUAUGAAGGUGAUAAUAAUGUCCUGUUGCAGCAGACAAGUAACUGGUUAGUGAGUGUGUGGAACAGGAAGUCCAAAAUGUCUGCAAAACAUCCUAUGGGCACUGCUGAUUACAUAGACAAUUCUGAUCAUAUUCUGAAGCAAAGCUGGAAAACCUCACCCCUGAACCUGACUUCUAGAGAUCAGGAUAUUGUACAUGUUUGCCUGCAAUCAUUACAAUGGCUGGUGUGCUGGUUAUGUGAGAAGACAAGCAAAGCAUUCAAAGCAGAGAUUGCUGCUGGUGCAGAUCCAUUCACAGCAAGAAAUAACACUCAGCUCUAUCUUGCAAGAACACUUUCACUUGCAUAUGUCAGACAAGUAAUUGUAGCUUGGUUUGAGCAGUCUAUUUGUAGUGCAGAGUCAAGUGUGCAGCCACCACUGUAUCACUUGUGUGCACUCUUUGCCCUCACUGAAGUGGAAAAGAUCAUCCCACAGCUAGUAGAAGGAGGACUGGUCCAGGAUGGUUCUUUUGUGUCCAUGGUUCACCACCAUAUCAAAAGAUUAUGUACCGAGCUUCUGCCUGAUGCUGUGGCUCUUGUUGAUGCCUUCGCACUUCCAGACUUUCUUCUGCGUUCUGCUCUUGGCAAUGCUGAUGGAGAGGUGUAUCAUCACCUGAAGACAGCCAUGUUCACUGCUCCAGGGGCUAUGAGCCGACCAAAGGACUGGCAGGAGAUGGUGUACCCCACACCAGUUUCCAAACUCUAAGGUGUUUUUUUUUUUUUUUUUUUUUUUUUUUUUCCCCCCCAAGUGCUAUGAACCAACCAUAGGGUUGGCAAGCUUCCAAACUUUAAGGUGCAUAUGAUGAAUAUGAUUGCCUCUGUUAUGUGCUGCAAAUUUCAAUGGAAUACAU